GGUGCGCCGGGAGCAGAGCGUGAGAAGAAGAAGGAGGGCGGAGUGGGCGAAGCUGUUGUGUAGCUUCAGAGUCUCGGCGCUGAUCAGCCUGGAGGCCGCUGCCUGUGAUGCCAACUUACUCCGUCUAAUCUACUCUGUAGUUUUAUCGUAGAUGUUGUAGAAGUAGCGUGCUGGCGUUAGCAAAGCUCAGCGCCCUCGUUAGCAGCCGGAUCACCCGUUAGAUAGCGUUAGCCAAGUAACUAGCGGCGGGCGCUUUAUCGCCAUUUUGCGCAUUCAACAGCCCGGGACUUUCGCCAGCAGCAAGGUGGUUGAUUGUGCAGCAUGGCAGAAGCAGACCGACCCGGAAAGCUCUUCAUCGGGGGACUGAACACGGAGACCACCGAGAAGGCCCUGGACCAGUACUUCAGCAAAUAUGGCAGGAUUGUCGAAGUUAUUUUGAUGAAGGACCGUGAAACAAACAAAUCAAGAGGAUUUGCUUUUGUUACUUUUGAAAGUCCGGCAGAUGCGAAGGAUGCGGCACGUGAGAUGAACGGAAAGUCUCUUGACGGCAAGCCAAUCAAAGUUGAGCAGGCUACAAAGCCUCAGUUUGAGAGUGGAGGCAGGCGAGGACCUCCACCCAUGUACUCCCGCAGUCGUCCACCCAGAGGAGCCCGUGGUUCCAGGGGAAGUAUUGGUGGAAUGAGGGGCCCACCUUCCAGAGACUACUAUGAUAAUUCAGGAAAUGGAGAACCCUUCUUCAAAGGGAUGUCAUCCAGAGGCCCCCCCCCCAUGAAGAGAGGACCCCCAGUACGUAAUGGAGGCCCUCCACCAAAGAGGUCCGCUCCAUCUGGUCCUAUGAGCAGACCAUCCAUGUCAAGGGACAGGGAUCCAUAUGGUCCACCCCCUCCUCGCAGAGACUCCAUGAUGUCCAGGAGAGACGAUUAUCCAUCACCACGAGAUGACCAUUACAACUCAAAAGACAGCUACUCCAGCCGGGAUUACAAUUCCAGAGAGUCAAGGGAUUAUGGACCUCCCCCCAGAGAUUAUUCAUACAGAGAAUACACAAAUUCCACUUCCCGAGAUGAUUAUGGCUCAAUGUCAAGAGGAUACAGUGAUCGUGAGGGUUAUGGCGGAGGCCGCGAAGCCAGAAGCUAUAUGGACCGUCCGAGUGGUGGCUCCUACCGAGAUUCAUACGAUGGUUAUGGUAACUCUCGCAGCGCCCCACCUUCAAGGGGCCCCCCACCAUCCUAUGGUGGGAGCAGUGGAAGCAGUCGUUAUGAUGACUAUGGCAGCAGUACCCGGGAUGGCUAUGGCAGUCGUGACAGUUACCCCAGCAGUCGGAGUGACCCGUAUCCACCUAGCCGUGGUGAGCGUUUGGGCAGGCAGGAGAGGGGCCCUGCUCCCCCUGUUGAGAGAGGCUACCCUCCUCGUGAUUCGUACAGCAGCUCAAGUCGUGGAGUGCCUCGUGGGGGCCGCGGGGGCAAUCGAGCCGAUAGAGGAAUGGCUCGCAGCAGAUACUGAACUGGACUUGGAAAUCGCAUUAAAGCAAACGUUGGUCUCCGUGCACAGUAAACACGUGUUCUGGAUGAAACCUGACAAGACAAACUAGCCAUGUCUAAAUCUGUGGAUUAUAAAGCUUAGCUUUAAACUCUGUCAUGACUUUCCCAGUUUUUUAUGUGUAAAAUGACUUUUGUUUUUGUUUUUUUUAGUAUUUCUCUUGCUCAUGUAACAGUACAGUUACCAAGUGAGUGUUAGUUUUUGUACAUUCAGUGCUGUUGGAAUCUGCAAUGCCCUAUAAGUCUGGCUACUCUAAUAAAGCUUUUAGUUGUACCUUGA